CCAGAAUAUGACAGAUCAACCGUUAAUAAGUUUAACUAAUGAACAAACACCGACGGCUCUUAUACCAACUGCUACGACAAUUAUAGCCGACGGUGCUGAUAAUAACUAUAACCUAAUCACCGAGACGGAUAAGCCUAUCAUUUUAGAACUCGGCACAUGUUCGGCAUCUACAACCGAAUUAUCAGUCUCUUAUAGCAACGAGUAUCCAAUAGAAACUUUGAAUUCUUAUGAAUCUACAAGAAACGAAACUGCAUUUACUACUGGCUUAUGCGGGAGCAGUUUUGCACCAAUUCCAUCAUCGUCAACGUCACCACAAUCACCUUCCACGCCAUCUGUGAUAUCAGGAAACUCGAAUUUAAUUAACAACACAAAUUCGUUAAUAGUUCCCGUCGAAUCCGAUGUUCCCUUAUCGCCCGCUCUGUAUUCUUGGCCCUCAUCUAACCGUACACAGGCGAUAUCGUCACAAAUUGAGGUCAAAUUUAAAUUAAGAAAGGAAAUGGUCCCUUUGCCGACAUAUAUAUCGUAUGCGGGCACUCAUGAGCAUAUUAUAAGCAAAGAAAUUAAUCCUUCAAGGAACGAAAGAGCACUGCAAAGUGAAAAAGAAUAUAAAAAGACUGCUUGUGACCGUGAACGCACCCGUAUGCGAGAUAUGAACCGGGCAUACGAUCUAUUGCGCUCCAAAUUGCCAAUAUCUAAGCCAAAUGGGAAAAAAUUUUCAAAAAUUGAAACUUUACGAAUUAGCAUUGGCUAUAUAAAAGAUUUGCUGCAACAACUUCAAGAAAAUCCAGAGGAUUAUGAUAUAUCUCCGUCUAAAUCGAAUCAAAUUGUGAAAUUCGUUGACUAUAAAUCUGCUCUCAAUUCGCGUAAACGUUCGCAAUCAUUACAAUAUGAACAAAAAUCUAUCUAUAUUGAUGAGAGCAGUAGCAAGGAUAUCGAUGAAGCAAAUAUUAAUUGGAACGAUAGUUACUUGCUUAACGCUACUGAUAAAUGGGAAUAACUUUUAACAAUUAGUUACGAAAUGCCAAAGAAAUACAAUAAAAUAAAUAUAUUAAUAAUGCUGUUGAUUAAGUGAAUACGGAAAGAAAGAUUAUUGGUUCACAUGUGUUUUUUUAAAGUUUUGCAUUUUAAUAUUAUAUUGAUACAUGUAUGUAUGUAUGCCUUGUGCAAACAAAACUCAAACGACGUCAUAAGAGAAACGAUCCAAAUCUUGAAAAUUUUUUUUCUCAUUCCUUUUAUCCAAUUUUUUUUUUAUUUAUUUAUUUUUUUUUUUGUUAAUUAUUGCUUAGAAAAUUCUGCAUAUUAUAGAGUGAAUAGAGUGUUGCAUAAAUUUGAAUAUUUUUCAAUUUAUAUUACAAUUGUAUACUAACUCUCUUGAAGUUGUGCCCCCAUUGUCAAAUAAAAUUAUAAGAAUAUUAAAAAUACUUUUCACUUACAUUGUGUUUAAUAUCCGGUUAUUUUAAAUAUUUCUUUGUAUCGUGAGCAUUCUUUAAAACAGAGUUGUUAAGCUAAUACGUUGAGGAAAUGCAACAUUAUUCCCAACUAACGGCAAUACUGUUCGAUAAAUUUUUGACAAA